AAGGAAGUGGCCCAAAUCCAAUAUGUCUGCCGGCUUCAACGUUCUGUGAACAAUAACAACACUCGUGGAGAACAUGGCAGACGGGGGAGUUGACGAGCUGUCUCAGCUCGAGUAUCUGUCUUUGGUGUCGAAAGUCUGCACGGAACUUGACAACCAUCUGGGGAUAAAUGACAAAGAUUUAUCGGAAUUUGUGAUCAGCCUUGCUGAAAAACAACCGAGUUUCGAUGGGUUCAAAGCUCUUUUACUCGAAAAUGGAGCCGAAUUCACUGAUUCUCUCAUCGGUAACUUGCUUCGGCUUAUUCAGACCAUGCGACCCCCUUCCAAAGCUUCAUCCAGUAAAGCUUCUGAGGCUUUGGUCAAGCCAAAAUCGGAAAAGGACAAGCUGAAGGAGAUGUUUCCUGCACUGUGUAGAGAAAAUGAUCCAGUCCCAAAGAAGCUGCUUGAUGAGGACGAUGUGAAAGUAGCAGCGGACGCAAUGAAAGAGCUGGAGAUGUUUAUGCCCAGUGUGAGCACGACAGACUCUAAAGGGAGCAAGAGCAAAUCAGAAAAGGGGAAGCGUCACAGCCGGAGUCGCAGCAGGAGCAGAGACAGAGACAGACAUAGAGAUAGAGAUAGAGACAGGGACCGGGACCGGGACAGAGACCGGGACAGGAGGAGGAGACACCGAUCACGCUCCAGGUCCAGGUCCCGUUCCAGAGACCGGGAUCGGCACAGAGACCGGGACCGGGGCAAAAGGAGAGAGAAAUCCUCCCGUUGGUCCGAGCGAUCGCCGAGCCCCAGAAAAGACCAAGACAGGGACGCCGACCGGUGGAAGGACAAACAUGUGGACCGCCCCCCUCCAGAGGAACCUUCUGUCGGGGACAUCUACAACGGGAAGGUCACCAGCAUCAUGCAGUUUGGGUGCUUUGUUCAGCUGGAGGGACUAAGAAAACGAUGGGAGGGUUUGGUGCACAUUUCCGAGCUGCGCAGAGAGGGCCGCGUGGCCAACGUGGCCGACGUUGUCAGCAAAGGCCAGAGAGUCAAAAUCAAGGUGCUCUCAUUCACUGGCUCCAAGACCAGCCUCAGCAUGAAGGAUGUGGACCAGGAGACAGGCGAAGACCUGAACCCCAACAGGAGAAGGAACGUGGGCCCUGAUGGAGGGGAUGAAAUCACCAUGAGGAACCCCGACCGACCCAGCAACCUGAACCUGGGCCACGCCCCCGAGCUGGAGCAGGACGACACCCUGGAGCGCAAGCGGCUGACCAAAAUCUCUGACCCGGAGAAGUGGGAGAUCAAACAGAUGAUCGCUGCCAACGUGCUGUCCAAAGAAGAAUUCCCUGAUUUUGAUGACGAGACGGGGAUCCUUCCUAAAGUUGACGACGAAGAGGAUGAAGAUUUGGAAAUUGAGCUGGUUGAAGAGGAACCUCCAUUUUUGAGAGGACACACCAAACAGAGCAUGGACAUGAGCCCUGUAAAGAUUGUUAAGAAUCCCGACGGCUCGCUGUCUCAGGCGGCCAUGAUGCAGAGCGCUCUGGCCAAGGAGCGGCGGGAGCUGAAGCAGGCCGCCCGGGAGGCAGAGAUGGACUCCAUCCCCAUGGGGCUGAACAAGCACUGGGUCGACCCACUGCCGGACGUUGACGGCAGGCAGAUUGCUGCCAACAUGCGGGGUAUUGGCAUGAUGCCCAACGACAUCCCCGAGUGGAAGAAGCACGCUUUUGGAGGGAACAAGGCCUCCUAUGGAAAGAAGACCCAGCUCUCCAUUCUGGAGCAGAGGGAGAGCCUCCCCAUCUACAAGCUGAAGGAGCAGCUCAUCCAGGCCGUCCACGACAACCAGAUUCUGAUCGUCAUCGGGGAGACGGGCUCUGGAAAGACCACGCAGAUCACCCAGUACCUGGCGGAGGCGGGCUACACCACCAGGGGCAAGAUCGGCUGCACGCAGCCCCGCCGUGUGGCCGCCAUGUCGGUGGCCAAGAGGGUGUCGGAGGAGUACGGCUGCUGUCUGGGACAAGAGGUGGGAUACACCAUCCGCUUUGAGGACUGCACCAGCCCAGAAACGGUCAUCAAGUACAUGACGGACGGAAUGCUGCUGAGAGAGUGCCUGAUCGACUCGGAGCUGGGCCAGUACGCCAUCAUCAUGCUGGACGAGGCCCACGAGAGGACCAUCCACACCGACGUGCUGUUCGGGCUCCUCAAGAAGACGGUCCAGAAACGCACGGACAUGAAGCUGAUCGUGACGUCCGCCACGCUGGACGCCGUCAAGUUCUCCCAGUACUUCUACGAGGCGCCCAUCUUCACCAUCCCGGGCAGGACCUACCCGGUGGAGGUCCUUUACACCAAAGAGCCCGAGACGGACUAUCUGGACGCCAGCCUCAUCACCGUGAUGCAGAUUCAUCUGACCGAGCCUCCGGGCGACAUCCUGGUCUUUCUAACCGGGCAGGAGGAGAUCGACACCGCCUGCGAGAUCCUCUACGAGAGGAUGAAGUCGCUGGGCCCCGACGUUCCUGAACUCAUCAUCCUGCCCGUUUACUCCGCGCUGCCCAGUGAGAUGCAGACCAGGAUCUUUGACCCCGCCCCCCCAGGCAGCAGGAAGGUCGUCAUCGCCACAAACAUCGCUGAGACCUCCCUGACCAUCGACGGGAUCUAUUACGUGGUAGACCCCGGCUUUGUGAAGCAGAAAGUGUACAACUCAAAGACCGGCAUCGACCAGCUGGUGGUGACUCCCAUCUCACAGGCUCAGGCAAAGCAGCGGGCGGGCCGCGCCGGCCGGACGGGCCCGGGGAAGUGCUACCGCCUGUACACAGAGAGAGCCUACAGGGACGAGAUGCUGACCACCAACGUGCCCGAGAUCCAGAGGACCAACCUGGCCAGCACCGUGCUGUCUCUGAAGGCGAUGGGGAUCAACGACCUGCUGUCCUUUGACUUCAUGGACGCUCCUCCAAUGGAGACUCUGAUCACAGCCAUGGAGCAGCUGUACACUCUGGGGGCUCUGGAUGACGAAGGCCUACUCACACGACUGGGCAGAAGGAUGGCAGAGUUUCCUCUGGAGCCCAUGCUGUGUAAGAUGCUGAUCAUGUCCGUCCAUCUGGGCUGCAGCGAAGAGAUGCUCACCAUCGUGUCCAUGCUGUCUGUGCAGAACGUCUUCUACAGGCCAAAGGACAAACAGGCUUUGGCCGACCAGAAGAAGGCGAAGUUCCACCAGCCGGAGGGCGACCACCUGACCCUGCUGGCCGUCUACAACUCCUGGAAGAACAACAAGUUUUCAAACCCCUGGUGUUACGAGAACUUCAUCCAGGCCCGCUCGCUGCGCCGCGCCCAGGACAUCCGCAAGCAGAUGCUGGGCAUCAUGGACAGACACAAGCUGGACGUGGUGUCCUGCGGGAAAGCCACGGUGCGAGUCCAGAAGGCCAUUUGCAGCGGCUUCUUCCGCAACGCCGCCAAGAAGGACCCCCAGGAGGGCUACAGGACGCUCAUCGACCAGCAAGUGGUGUACAUCCACCCGUCCAGCGCCCUGUUCAACCGCCAGCCCGAGUGGGUCGUGUACCACGAGCUGGUGCUGACCACCAAGGAGUACAUGCGGGAGGUGACCACCAUCGACCCCCGCUGGCUGGUGGAGUUCGCGCCGGCCUUCUUCAAGGUGUCCGACCCCACGCGCCUCAGCAAGCAGAAGAAGCAGCAGCGCCUGGAGCCGCUCUACAACCGCUACGAGGAGCCCAACGCCUGGAGGAUCUCCCGCGCCUUCAGGCGCCGUUAGCAUGCCGCUAGCGCGCCGUUAGCGCGCCG